GUGCCAAAUCUCCCACCGGGAUCAAAUCUCCCACUGGGAUCAAAUCUCCCACCAGAGGAGCGGAGGGUAUAGGGGUACCCAAGUCCCCAAGGGGGGCGGGCAGGAGGGACAUCGUAGCUUGGACUCCUCCCAUUCAAGGCCUUCUCAGCAAAAGCCUCAACUCCCCAACUCUAAGCAACGCAGACGCGGCAGGAAGGGAAGGAGCAGGAGGAGGGACUGGAGCUCCCAAGUCCCCAAGAGGGGCGAGCAGGAGGGACAUCCCGGAGGGGACACAGCGGCACCCAAGUCCCCUCGAGGAGGAGGAGGAGGAGGAGGAGGAGGAGGAGGAGGAGGAGGAGGAGGAGGAGGAGGAGGAGGAGGAGGAGGAGGAGGAGGAGGAGGAGGAGGAGGAGGAGGAGGAGGAGGAGGAGGAGGGCUGUCAGCACGAGGAAAAGCAGCAGCCGCAGCAGCGGAAGCAGCAGGGGCAGCAGCAGGGGCAGCAGCAGGAGGGGACACAGGCCGCGUGGCUCUCUCCCGGAGCUAGCCCUGCAGGUUCGGCCGCUCACACUCCUGCAGGUUCGGCAACUCACACUCCUGCUGCAUCUGAUGAUGAGAGUAGCCCCCGCAAGCAUCGGCCUGCUAGGCUUGGCCGGAUGGGAGAUCACCAGCAGCAGCAGCAGCAGCAGCAGGGGCAGCAGGGGCAGCAGCAGGGGCAGCAGCAGCAGAGGCAGCAGAGGCAGCAGGGACAGCAGCAGCUGGGGGAGCAGGUACAGGGGAAAAUAGGUGUAGCGAAUCAAAGGGUGCUGGCCUCUGGAGGGCUGGGAUUCGGAGGAGUGAGAGGUCGGGCACGGGUGGCCCGGCCGAACCUGGAGAGCGUGCAAGCAUCGUGGGUGCAUGAUGAUCCCGAGGACGAUCCUGAGUAUUCUGGCGUGGUAGGGUGGGUGCAUGAAGCCCCUGAGGAUGGCACUGAGGAUGGCACUGAGGAUGACACUGAGGAUGGCACUGAGGAUGACACUGAGGAUGGCACUGAGGAUGACACUGAGGAUGGCACUGAGGAUGGCACUGAGGAUGACACUGAGGAUGGCACUGAGGAUGACACUGAGGAUAGCACUGAGGAUGACACUGAGGAUGGCACUGAGGAUGACACUGAGGAUGACACUGAGGAUGACACUGAGGAUGACACUGAGGAUGACACUGAGGAUGGCACGGAGGAUGACACUGAGGAUGACACUGAGGAUGACACUGAGGAUGACACUGAGGAUGGCACUGAGGAUGACACUGAGGAUGGCACUGAGGAUGACACUGAGGAUGACACUGAGGAUGACACUGAGGAUGGCACUGAGGAUGACACUGAGGAUGGCACUGAGGAUGGCACUGAGGAUGACACUGAGGAUGGCACUGAGGAUGACACUGAGGAUGACACUGAGGAUGACACUGAGGAUGGCACUGAGGAUGACACUGAGGAUGGCACUGAGGAUGACACUGAGGAUGGCACUGAGGAUGACACUGAGGAUGACACUGAGGAUGGCACUGAGGAUGACUGA